ACUUUCAGUUACCCCUAAGUUCUAUAUCAGAAUUAUUCUUUCAUAUAUUUCAAAUCGAACAGCAGGCUUUGAACUUUGAGUUACCAAUAAGUCCUAUAUCAGAACUAUUUUUUCAUAUAUUUCAAAUCGAACAGCAGGCUUUGAACUUUGAGUUACCCCUAAGUCCUAUAUCAGAAUUAUUCUUUCAUAUAUUUCAAAUCGAACAGCAGGCUUUGAACUCAGUCUUCUAACCUGGAAACCAAUCAAAAUGAAGCGUCCACCCCGAGAAGCCGACGAAACAGAACGCAACGCGAUCGUUGACUUGACCUUUCUGGAUGAAAUACAGCCCGUCCCGAGGCGCCUGACCGAUCAGAACAAUAGACUCAUGACAUGCCCCAUUUGCAUCGAACCGCCUGAGACUCCGGUGGCCACCUUGUGUGGCCACAUCUUUUGCAUGGGAUGCCUGAUUCCGGCAAUGCGGCGACAGCGCAUCUGUCCCAUCUGCAAGGAAAGCGUGUCGGAAAUUAUUCAACUCCAUCUCUAAUUUCAAGUUUUUCAUUUGUUGAUUGUUUUGAGUUACGAUUUGACAAUAAAAACAACUAGCAUCAA